GACUCCCAUUGGCUCUUGAAGUCAUAGGUUCCUAUCUUCAUGACCAAAAAGAGGAAAUAUGGAAAGAAAUGCUGGAAAUGUUGAAGAAUGUACCGCAUGAUGAAGUCCGGGAUAAGUUGAAGAUAAGUUAUAAUGCAUUAGGAGAUGUGGAAAAAGAAGUUUUUCUUGAUAUCGCAUGCUUCUUCAUAUCUGAAAAUAAAUUAUGGGUAGCCUAUUUCUGGGAUGCUUGCCAUCUUUACCCCCAUAAGUCAUUGAAAAAACUUACCGAUUUGUGUCUAAUUAAAAUUGUUGAUGGUGAUACUAUAUGGAUGCAUGAUCAAUUGAGAGAUCUUGGAAGAGACAUUGUUAAAAAGGAAUGUACUCUUAGUAGGUUGUGGAAUGACAAAGAAGCUCUAGAAGUAAUGAGAUCGAAAGAGAGAAAUGACAAAGUUAAAGCACUCAAUUUAGGUCAAUAUAAUUCGGAUCCCAUCAACAUUGUGGAUGAAGAACUUGAGAGGAUGCCAAAUCUAAAAUUUCUCAAGUUAUAUAGAGGGACUUUUGUUGGAGACAUCAACAAUUAUCUCCAAGAGAUAAGAUGGCUUUCUUGGCAUUUUCCUCCUUUAGAUCGUAGAAUGGCCAAUUUGCACUUGAAAAAUCUAGUACUUUUCAAACUUUCAAACAAUAAAAACACCGAAAAUUGGGGUGGAUGGAACAUUUUGAAGAUGGAAAACAAAUUGAAAGUUCUUUCUCUCAUCAGUUGUGGUGGAUUGAAACAAACUUUGGACUUUUUCGGAUGCGUGAGUUUGGAGAUACUCUCUCUUGCUCACUGUCAAUCCUUGCAAGAAGUUGACUCCUCUAUUGGGAAACUAAAAGAUCUUACUCACUUGAAAAUUAAUUGGUGCGGAAGUCUUCGAAAUUUGCCGAAAGAGAUUGGAGGACUAGUGAAUCAAGCACUUUUCUCUCUACGGGUGCUCCAAAAUCAACAAGCUUCCGGACAUCAGGAAAUUAGCAUCAUUGUCUAAGUUGAAUAUAGCACAAACAAAAAUUACAAUUUUACCCGAUUCUAUUGGCAAUGCAAAGAACCUAUCAUUCCUUGAUCUAUCAUGCACGUCAAUCGCGGAACUUCCAAUUUCUAUUUUAGAGCUUAUGCAACUCGAAUUCCUUUCACUCUCUGGUUGUCAUAAUUUUGUGGAGCUUCCAGAAUCAUUAGGUUAUUUGACAAAAUUACGAGAUGUUGUAUCUCUCAGGGACAAAAAUUGUUGAGUUACCUAAUUCGAUAAAGAAUCUCAACCAGUUGAAGGUGCUGAGGAUGUCAUCCUGUCCAAUACAGAGGUUGCCAGCUGGUAUUGGAAUGCUAGAGGGCAUGAAGGAGCUCAAUGUCCGAAAUUGUCAACAACUUGCGGGCGAACUCCCAACUACAACUGGCAAACUAUUGCCUCCAAGUAUCCUAGACAUAUCGCAAACUAGUGUUGGUGCAGUCCCGACGACAAUUGAUUCCCUCACGCAACUCCAAGAGCUGGAUCUAUCAUUUUGUAAUGAGCUUCAAGAGCUGCCAAAACUUCCCUCAAGUUUGAAUUGCCUACGUGUUAAAUCAACAUCAUUGCGGUUAGUUCCGGAUCUUAGUUACCUCACAAAUCUAGUGACUUUGGAGCUGUCCAACAACUCUGGACAAGCACUUGCGCAAGCAUCAACUCUUCAAUUGCAAUGGGUUGGGAAGUUAUCUAAGCUGGAGCGGUUGGAGUUGUGCCUUUCAGAUCAUUCCGUGCCGUCAUCAGAGUUGGGUUGCUUACCUCGACUUAAAAAACUCACCUUACCUCACAUGGAUAGUUUCGACUCGGUAGUCGUUGGACCACAAUUUUCGCACUUGAAAAAUUUGUCAACAUUGCAUCUUUUCGCUGUCCACUAAAGGAGAUUCAACUUGAUGGGCUUGAACUAUUGGGAGAUUUGAUUGUAACAUAUUGCGAAUUUCUCGAGGGAUUGUCAGUUAUUUCAUUGAGCUUGAGGAAGCUUUGCAGAAUGGAAGUUAAAAAUUGCCCAAAGCUACUUCAAAUUCGAUUUCUCGGUACGAUGGAAUCAUUGGAGCAUCUCAAUGUAUAUCGCUGCAAAUCCCUAGGAGGGUUGUAUGGUUUAUCAAACUCGAAGAAGCUGAAGACUUUAUCCUUCUACACGUGUCCAUCGUUGAAAGUGUUGACUAAUCCAUCCAACUCAAAGAUACCAAAUAAAUGCUUGAUACAUGUAUAUGACUGCAAGAAGUUACCAGGUUUCGGUUAUGGCCGUUACGGGGAUUAUAGAGACGAGAUUCUUGACUGGACGAGGAGGGGAUUAAACCAGGAGGGUGCGGCGUGGUUCUUCGAACGUGGCCAACCGCUCAUCGUACAGAUGUUAGAAAAACUGAAAGUUCCUUAUCACACAAGAUAUGGUGAAUUGAAAUGGACUCCGGACUCUUUUGGAUGCCCAAGUUUAGAGACAUUGUAUUUUCACUAUUGUCUAAACUUGCGAAACUUUGACUCCUCAAUUGGGAAGAUGAAAGUUCUUACUCACUUGGACAUAAUUUGGUGUACGAAUCUUCGAACUUUGCCCGAAGAGAUUGGAGGACUAGUGAAUCUGAAGCACUUCUCUAUCAAAAAGUGCUCCCAAAUGGAGAAACUUCCAUACUCUAUAGGGAAAUUAGGAUCAUUGUCUAAGUUGGAUAUAUCAUCCUCAAGAAUUACAAGUUUACCCGAUUCAAUUGGCAAUGCAAAACAUCUGUCAUUCUUGAAUCUAUCAGGCACGCCAAUUGUGGAACUUCCAAUUUCUAUUGGAGAGCUUACGCAACUCGAGUUUCUUUCACUCAAAUACUGUCGAAAUUUGGGGGAACUUCCAGAAUCAAUAGGCAACUUGACAUCGUUACAGAAGUUGAAUCUCUCAGGGACAAACAUUGUUGAGUUACCUGAUUCGAUAAUAAAUCUCAAGCAAUUGAAGGUGAUGAGGAUUGGAUUUUGUCCAAUAAGGAGGUUACCUGCUAGUAUUGAGAUGCUAGAGAAGUUGGAGGAGCUUUAUGCCGAACAUUGUGAACAACUUGCAGGUGAACUUCCAACUGAAAUUGGCAAACUAUUGUCUCUACGCAUCCUCGACAUUUCAUAUACCCGUAUUAGUGCAGUGCCGAUGGCAAUCAAUUACCUCAUGCGACUCCAAAAGCUGGAUUUAACACAUUGUAAUGAGCUUCAAAAGUUGCCAAAGCUUCCCUCAAGUUUGCAUUGUCUACGUGUUCACUCGACAUUGUUGCGGUUAGUUCCGGAUCUCUGUAACCUCACGAAUCUAGUGGAAAUGCUUCUGUCUAAUGGCUUUGGACAAGCACUUGCCCAAUCAUCAAACCCAAUGCAAACUUUCCAAUUGCAAUGGGUUGGAAAGUUAUCUAAGCUGGAGAAGUUGAGCUGGGGCCUUUCCAAUGUUCCCAUUUCGUCAACAGAGUUGGGUUGCCUACCUCGACUUAGAGAACUCACUUUAUCUAGUAUGGACAAUUUCAACUCGAUAGUUGUUGGACCACAAUUUUCCAACUUGAAAAAUCUGUCCAUAUUGUGUCUUCAUAGCUCUCCACUGAGGGAAAUUCAAUUGAAUGGGCUUGAACUAUUGAGAAAUUUAGGUGUGCGAGAAUGUGGGUUUCUCGAGCGGUUGUCAGUAAUUUCAUCAAGCCUGAGGAAGCUCUAUAAAAUGGAAGUUUUAGAUUGCCCAAAGCUACUUGAAAUUCAAUUUCAUAGUACAAUAGAUUCAUUAGAGGAACUUAGAGUUGGCUACUGCGAGUCCCUGGAAGGAUUGCGCGGUUUAUCAAACUCAAAGAAGCUGAAGGGUUUGCGGAUCUACCAAUGCAAUGGGCUACGGGUUGUUGAGGGCCUUGAGGAAUUGGAGCUUUUGGGAUUUUUGUAUCUUUCCAGGUGUGGAUCUUUGGAAAGGUUGACUAAUGGAUCCAACUCAAAGAUACCAAAUGAAUGCAGGAUAGAAGUAUGGGGUUGCAUGAAACUAAGUAGUUAUGAGGGUACUUACCGAGGUUACAAAGAGAUGAUUCUUAUCAUGAUGAUAAUGACAUUCAACGAGGAAGAUGCGAGGGAAACAGAUGCAGAAGGAUCAAUGAUGGAGACCAAAAUCUACUAUCCUCAGAACAACUCGCCAUUGACUGUAGGGCCUCCAAAACCUGGCACUGAGCUCGACUCUAGAAGUUUGAAUGACUUUCAGUCUCCUCCACGAACAUCAUCUGCAAAUGUUUCCAAGUGUUCGUGCUCAAUUCUAUGAACAAAAUGUGACUGAUUCAGGCAACGGACAGAUGAAUGAAUUCACAAUGUGAUUGAGUUUGGGAAUCUUAGGAAAUUGCGAGAAGUAAUGGAGUUUGCUCUAAGGACAUGUCCGCCCUCUUCCAGGUCCAUCACAAGAGAAACUUAUUGUCGAUUUGUCCAAGAUGUGGAGGAGAGCUCUAUUGCUAUGUACCACUGAUCGAGUUCCCGGGAAUUGGAUUUUUGUACUUCACUGGAUAAAGCAGGCCGCUGAGGGACUAGUUUUGGGUUGAUUACGCUGAAGCUACUGUGGAAUGGUUUCCUUAUGCAAUAUAUGGAGAGCUAGGAAUGACUUGCUGCAUAAUCAAGUUGCUCCUCCUGUUGAUGUUGGGAUGAAUCCCCUCGUGUUUGCAGUAAGAUAUAGUGUAUCGAAGGGUGCAUAAGCUGCUGCAGACAAAAGUUAUUCUUAUUUGGCAUCAACCUGAAGUGUAUUGGUAUGUUUGGCCUUUAAUAACUAGUCUUGUAACUGUUUUGGAUAUUUGGGCAGUUAGUGUUCAUGUUCUAGUUGGAGCUAAGAUUGUUACUUGAAUAGUGUGCUAACGAUAUUGUUAGGUUUGGAUAAAUUAUAUUGAGUGGACAAUUUGAUGGAGAUCUUUGAUGAAUCAA